AUGGGUGAAACGACAGGAGGAGAUCGCCCUCCAUCUCCAGCACGAUUAUCUCAUUCCUCAGAAAAACAUCCAAAAAAUACACUGACAGAGUUAAAUUUGCUAAGAAGACAUAGGGAGCUAUGUGAUGUUGUGUUAAACGUUGGAACAAGAAAAAUAUUUGCUCACAGAGUAAUAUUAAGUGCGUGCAGUCCUUAUUUUAGGGCAAUGUUUACUGGAGAAUUAGCAGAGUCCAGACAGACUGAAGUUACAAUAAGAGAUAUAGAUGAACUUGCCAUGGAUUUACUCAUAGAUUUUUGUUACACUUCACACAUAGUUGUAGAAGAAUCCAAUGUCCAAAUGCUUUUACCUGCAGCUUGCUUAUUACAGCUUACUGAAAUACAAGAUAUAUGCUGUGAAUUUCUAAAAAGGCAGCUAGAUCCUUCAAACUGUUUGGGGAUUAGAGCAUUUGCUGAUACACAUUCAUGCAGAGAGUUACUCAGAAUUGCUGAUAAAUUCACUCAACAUAAUUUCCAAGAAGUUAUGGAAUCAGAAGAAUUUCUUUUACUGCCUGUUGGACAACUUGUUGAUAUAAUUUCUAGUGAUGAGCUAAAUGUCCGUACAGAAGAACAGGUUUUCAAUGCUGUUAUGUCAUGGGUCAAGUACAACGUUUCUGAAAGGCGACAACACCUUUCUCAAGUAUUACAGCAUGUUAGAUUGCCUUUAUUGACUCCAAAAUUCUUAGUUGGAACAGUUGGUUCAGAUUUGCUGGUUAGAUCUGAUGAAUCCUGUAGAGAUCUCGUAGAUGAAGCUAAAAAUUAUCUUUUACUGCCUCAAGAAAGGCCUUUAAUGCAAGGACCCAGAACUCGACCUAGAAAACCUACAAGGAGAGGUGAAGUACUAUUUGCAGUAGGAGGUUGGUGUAGUGGAGAUGCUAUAGCUUCUGUGGAAAAAUUCGAUCCUCAAACAAUGGAAUGGAAAAUGGUGGCUCCAAUGAGCAAAAGACGUUGUGGUGUCGGCGUUGCUGUUUUAAAUGACCUCCUCUACGCCGUGGGAGGACAUGAUGGGCAGAGUUACUUAAACAGCAUUGAAAGAUAUGAUCCUCAAACAGAUCAGUGGUCUUGUGAUGUAGCUCCUACAACUUCUUGUCGAACUAGUGUUGGUGUAGCUGUGCUGGAUAACCUUCUGUAUGCUGUAGGUGGUCAAGAUGGAGUCCAGUGUCUGAACCAUGUUGAAAGAUACGAUCCAAAAGAGAACAAAUGGACAAAAGUCGCCCCAAUGACAACACGGCGAUUGGGCGUUGCUGUUGCGGUUCUGGGUGGAUAUCUAUACGCGAUAGGCGGCUCAGAUGGACAAUCGCCAUUAAAUACAGUCGAGAGGUAUGACCCAAGGCACAAUAAGUGGACUCUAGUCAGUCCAAUGUCCACGAGAAGGAAACAUUUAGGAUGUGCCGUUUUUAAUAAUCUUAUAUAUGCAGUAGGAGGUCGAGAUGAUUGUAUGGAGUUGAGCAGUGCAGAGAGAUACAAUCCUCAUACUAAUUCUUGGAGUCCAAUUGUCGCAAUGACUUCUAGACGAAGUGGUGUGGGCUUGGCAGUUGUUAAUGGCCAAUUGUAUGCAGUGGGAGGAUUCGAUGGAACAGCCUAUUUGAAGACGAUAGAAUUCUAUGAUACUGAACAGAAUCAGUGGAGGUUGUGCGGUUCCAUGAAUUACAGACGACUCGGCGGAGGAGUCGGUGUCAUGAGGGCUCCGCAAACGGAAAAUCGGAUAUGGUAG